GGUCGCGCUUGAGGUGUUUCUCGGUCUCUACUGAUCUCUUUUGGUUGCGCGAAGCGUCAGGUUGAAGGGAAGCCGACUCAAGACCCGCAAGCGAGCCGGACCGCCAUGUUCUCCGCGCUGUUCCUCUCCCUGUCGCUCCUGGCCAGCCGUGGUGCGGCAGACUGGGUGAAGGGGAAGGCAUUCGAUCGCUUCGCCGUUGUCUGGCUGGAGAACACCGACUAUACACUUGCCGCUGGAGACCCUAACCUUGCCUGGCUGGCAAAGAAGGGCAUAACGCUUUCGAACCAUUUUGCGGUCACGCAUCCGUCGAUGCCGAAUUAUGCUGCAGCGAUAUCUGGCGACUAUUAUGGUAUCAACCACGAUGACAUGAUCGCGAUCCCCUCGAAUGUCUCGACUGUUGUGGACUUGCUGGAGGCAAAGGGCAUCUGCUGGGGCGAAUACCAGGAAGACAUGCCAUAUACGGGAUUCGAGGGGUUCGAGUAUAGGAAUCAGAAGACUGGCGCGAAUGCCUAUGUUCGCAAGCACAAUCCGGCUGUGCUGUACGACUCCGUUGCCGACAAAGACGACCGACUAGCCAAGAUCAAGAACUUGACCUUGUUCUACCAGGACCUGGAAAAUGACGCGCUUCCUCAGUGGAUGUUCAUUACUCCCAAUAUGACCAGCGAUGGGCACGACUCGACCAUUACCGUCGCCGGGACGUGGACGCGCACCUUCCUCGAGCCGCUUCUCAACAAUGAUAAGUUCAUGAAGAACACUCUGGUGCUGGUUACGUUCGACGAAAACCACACAUACGCGCAGCAAAAUCGCAUCCUGGGCAUCCUGCUCGGCGAUGCGGUCCCGAGCGAACUUGUCGGUACUACAGACGCGACCUUCUACAACCACUACAGCGAGAUCAGCACAGUCCAAGCAAAUUGGGGGCUGGAUACGUUGGGGCGGUGGGACGUAGGCGCGAACGUAUACAAGUGGGUUGCGCAGAAGACUGGCGAUGCAGUGCGAGCGUGGGCGGGGAAGGUGCCUCUGAAUCAGAUGUACUUCAAUGUCAGCUACGCGGGCAAGCUGAACAACAAGAACACGUCCGUUCCAUGGCCGGUCCCAAACUCGAAGCUUGAGUAUGCUGGAAGGACAGUCGCGCCGGUGGUCGCCAGCACGUGGGGUAGCAUGCAGGAGGACUCAGUAUAUACCACUCAGUUAGAGGUUCCGGACGGGCUACACCCAGAGGCAGAGUUCGCGAAGCAGUCUUGAGGAUAGUGAAUGUAGAGGUUAAGAUAUAAUAGGCAGUCUAAGGCGAGACCUGUGCCGCUCGUCGUGUGGUGGAUCAGUCAGCGCGAAGACG